CAGCGUGCACCGGAAGUAAAUCGCAAUGGACCGCAGUCAAUUUCAAGUUCAUGUUGUCAAAACUUUUCGUCCGAUGUCUUGUUUUGUGUAUUGAUCAGAGUCACAGGCGCACAGUGCCAUAAUGGCACACCGAUAUCUGCAUCUGUCAAGAGGCUGCAGGAACCUUCUCCACGCUCUGCUGCCAAAUGUCAGAUCAACAAACCGUGUGCAAUCGGUUCAGGGUGUUGGACAAAUUGCCCUAGACAGAAGUUCCUUGCUCUCUCAGGUCUUGGGCACCUAUAGAAGAUUAUGCUCCAAACCUCCCAAAGGAUUUGAAAAAUACUUCCCUAAUAAUAAAAAUGGUAGUCCAAAAAACGGUGAGCCCAAGCCAUCCAAUGGAGAAGUCAAAGAGGCCAAACCAACCAAUGCUCAUAAGACCGCUGGUGGAAGUGGAAGUAGUGGAGGAGGAGGAGGAGGAGGAGGAGGAAAAAGAGGAGGGCGGAAAGAUGAAUCCACUUGGUACAGCCGUCUCCAAAAGGGUGAUAUGCCAUGGGACGAUAAAGAGUUUCGCAUGUAUUUCCUUUGUGGAACGGCCUUCUGGGCAGCUGUCACAUAUUAUUUCUUCUUUCGAGAUGGAGGAAGGGAGGUCACCUGGAAAGACUUUGUAAAUGGUUAUCUUGCUAAAGGAGUGGUUGACAGAUUGGAGGUUGUAAACAAACGAUAUGUAAAAGUCAUCUUUACCCCUGGUAAAACUCCAGUUGAUGGGCAAUAUGUGUGGUUCAACAUCGGCAGCGUGGACACAUUUGAGCGGAACCUAGAGACUGCUCAGCUAGAGAUGGGUAUUGAAGGAGAGAACAGACUGCCGGUGGUCUAUUCCACAGAAAGUGAUGGGUCGUUCCUCCUUAGCAUGUUGCCCACCAUACUGAUCAUUGGGUUCUUGCUGUUCAUGCUGAGGAGAGGGCCAGCCGGGGCAGGGCGGCCGGGGAGGGGAAUGGGUGGGCUCUUCAGCGUCAGUGAGACCACGGCCAAAGUACUACGAGACGAGAUUGACGUCAAGUUCAAGGAUGUGGCUGGCUGUGAGGAGGCCAAGUUGGAGAUCAUGGAAUUUGUUAACUUCCUUAAGAACCCAAAACAGUACCAGGAUUUGGGUGCCAAGAUUCCAAAGGGGGCUAUUUUGACAGGACCCCCGGGCACGGGAAAGACUUUACUAGCCAAAGCCACUGCAGGAGAGGCCAACGUCCCCUUCAUCACUGUGAAUGGAUCAGAGUUCUUAGAAAUGUUUGUAGGGGUUGGGCCAGCCAGGGUUCGGGAUCUCUUUGUAUUAGCUCGGAAGAAUGCCCCAUGCAUUCUCUUCAUAGAUGAGAUCGAUGCUGUUGGAAGAAAGAGAGGCAGAGGCAACUUCGGUGGACAGAGUGAACAAGAGAACACACUCAACCAGUUACUAGUUGAGAUGGAUGGAUUUAACACUGCUACCAAUGUUGUAGUGCUGGCAGGCACCAAUAGACCGGAUAUUCUAGAUCCAGCUCUGAUGAGGCCUGGACGCUUUGAUAGACAGAUAUAUAUCGGGCCACCGGAUAUCAAAGGCAGAGCCUCUAUAUUCAAAGUCCAUCUGAGACCACUAAAGCUGGAGGCAGAUUUGAACAGAGAAAGUCUGGCAAGGAAAAUGGCUGCUCUGACACCCGGUUUUUCAGGUGCGGACAUCGCUAAUGUGUGCAACGAGGCUGCGCUAAUUGCAGCCCGCCACCUUUCUGAUGCCAUCAACCAAAAACACUUUGAGCAAGCCAUUGAACGAGUAAUUGGGGGACUUGAGAAGAAGACACAGGUGCUGCAGCCAGAUGAGAAGAAGACAGUGGCUUACCAUGAGGCUGGUCAUGCUGUAGCUGGCUGGUUCCUUGAGCACGCUGACCCUUUGCUUAAAGUGUCCAUCAUCCCACGUGGGAAGGGUUUGGGCUAUGCCCAGUAUUUGCCUAAAGAGCAGUACCUGUACACCAAGGAGCAGCUUUUGGACAGGAUGUGCAUGACACUGGGUGGACGUGUGUCUGAGGAGAUCUUUUUUGGCCGCAUUACCACAGGGGCACAGGAUGACCUGAAGAAGGUGACACAGAGUGCCUAUGCACAGAUUGUGCAGUUUGGCAUGAAUGAAAAGGUAGGGCAGGUAUCGUUUGACCUGCCGCGACAGGGAGAAAUGGUUCUGGAGAAGCCCUACAGCGAGGCCACGGCACGCCUCAUCGACACAGAGGUCAGAGACCUCAUCAGCAUGGCCUAUGAACGCACAAUGCAGCUGCUCUCGGAGAAGAAGGCUGAGGUGGAGAAGGUGGCACUGCGUCUACUGGAGAAGGAGGUGCUGGAUAAGAAUGACAUGGUGGAGCUUCUGGGCCGAAGGCCGUUUGCUGAAAAGUCAACAUAUGAAGAGUUUGUUGAGGGAACGGGAAGCAUGGACGAGGACACAUCACUGCCAGAGGGCCUGAAGGACUGGAACAAGGAGCGCGGCAGCGAGAAGGAGGAAAGUACGGAGGAGCAGGUGGCCCGACAGAUCACUGGUGGUAUGCCCUUCUGAGGACAUCCGUUCAUUGUGACCCUAAAGGGUCAGAGCACUUAUUUAUGAGAUGGGAAACGCUUGUCUGACAUGGACCCUGAGGCAAGUACCCUGUUCUUCAGGAGAGCUGUGAUUUAAGGGCUCUUACUGUAGUAAGAAUCGGACUUAUAGUGUACAGUAGGGUACAAACUUUCAUGUGCAGAAGUUAAUUGUGUUUCAGCAAAAUUGAAACAGCUUUGAAAAGGAUGAGAAAAUCUUCUGUUGAAGGCAGAGUGUAUUUUAUGUGACAUUUGAGCCAAAAAAACAGUUCAGCUCAAGGCUAAAGCACUAUAGCUUGUCAAGAAAUAUUCCCUCUAGUCAUUUCAAUUUUACCUAUCAAUGACCAAGAAGACAUACAAUAUAUCUAUAUAUAUAUAUACACACACACAUAUCUUGACGUUUAACAGGAAACAUGUUGUAUCACUUUUAAGCUUUGCCUCAGUGACAUGCACAGGUUGUGUUUUUUCUUUCUGUAUGUUAAUAUUCCAGUUCAAAUUUUGUGACCUUUCUGAAAGUCCUUUUUGCAGUGCUGCUUGCUUACUGGCUCUCCAAAUGACUGAAAUAUACGAUCAUGAAUGUUAUGAACAGUGCACAAAGUCAUUUGUGUUAACUAACAUACUCUUUUCUCUGAUAGAUAUGGGUGUCAGCCUUUGGUUUCAGUGUUAUUUUAUGCAGUUUAUGAUCACAUCCUUUAAUUGAAUGACAGAGAUUUUUGAUGUCUUUUCUUCUGUUGAAGUUUAUUUGGAUCAUUUAUGGCCCAGGCAGCUGCUCUCCAUGAUACAGGUUGAUUAAACUGUAGUUCAAAUCGAAAUAGUCGCAUAAUAAGUCGCAUUUGCAAUGAAAUAGGAUGCAAACAUACACAAAUGAUGGAGCAGUAAGCAGUUCAUUACGUUGAUGAUGAGCUUAUGAAGGUGAUUUUGAGAUUCAGUGUUUAUUCUACAGUACAAAUACAAAUCACAAACAAUCUUUGAGGGUUUAAACAGAACGGAACGCGUUGUCCUUUUGUGACUACAGCAGGUAUCGCUUGAUAUUACAUCUAAAUGUGUAUUUUGUUCUGUAAAAAAGGUUUUGAACAUGUUCGAAAACCUGAAUAAAUCUACAUAAACUUCAAA